GAACUUUAAUAGGAAUUUUCUAAUACUACGGCCUUGCAACGACAAGGGUGGGACGUAGUUAAGUUCCGCCCACACGCCAGCUCAGUGUAGGUAAUUUCUGGUGACAGGAUGGCGGAGGAGCCGGGAGUGUGGAGCUUGCUGGAACGGGCGCCCAUUGACUGGACAGAACCAUGGCUGAUUGGACUUGCUGCUUUUCACAUACUGUGCUUCAUAGUCACAUAUAUUUCUUUUAAAUCAUACCCACUUCAGAUUUGCCAUUUUUUGCUAAUGGUUGUCCUUGUAAGUUGUGCUGAAUAUAUCAAUGAAUUUGCGGCAAUGCACUGGAGAGCAUAUUCAAAACAACAAUAUUUUGAUUCAAGUGGAAUGUUUAUUUCCUUGGCAUUUUCUGCACCUUUAUUGUGUAACACUAUAAUUAUUGUGGUCCAUUGGGUAUAUAAGACAUUAUGUGUUAUGACUGAACUGAAAACGUUGCAGCAAAAAAGAAAAGAAUCAAGGGAGAAAAGAAAGAAAAAGGAAUAGGCUGAACAACAAUGCAGCAAAAAGUCGUCAGUCUGUUCAGCACUGCAGCUGCAGAACUAUAAGUGGAUACUUGACUACUGAGUUUAGAUUGAUUGUCAGAUGCCCCACGUGAAAAUAUGUUGCAGAAAUGACAACCCUUGAAAAUUUUUUACAACUGCCAUACAGUGAAGUGUUGUAACUCAAUCAUUCUUUCAUCCCAUUUCUGCAAUAUUCAAAGUAGACUUUACACAGUUGUAAAUAAGAUUUUUUUUUUACCUCUGUUAAUAAAUUGUUUAUACAUUU